CGUCGCCGUCUUCGCUUUUCCUCGAGGUCGCCGUUUUUCCCAGCCAUACCAGGCGUGAAUGGUUUUCCAAUCAUCGGCGCUAUCCAAUCGCCGUGGGACGGAAGCGGAAAGCUACUAAGCCGAAGAUGGCUAGCUGACGGUGACGUGAUCGCUCGGGAGGUCCAGAUAGGAGCGGAGACCGCAGGGCGGGAGGGCCAAGCUGAGCACAUCAUCGACUGGAUUUAUUGAAAAGGACCUUUUGCUUCCGACUUUCUUCUGAAAUUGUCCAUCCAACUUUGUACAACUUCUACUUCUUUUGAUACCCGUCUCCAGUACCUGAAACACUUUUCUACAUCUAAAACUCCAUCACCAUGUCUGCCACCGAAGAAAGACCAACUCCGUAAGUCCCGUCCUUGAACUUCUUAUCGGAAUACAUCACCUGAAAUUUACCCCUCCAUGACCCCGCCAUUACGCAAUUCCAGCAAGUGAAAAUAUUUUUUGGGGGUUAUGAACUGCCAUCAGAUUUUGCAAUAUGAUGGAAGAGUACAGCUUCAAUAUGAAGCUAUUUCAAGUGUUCAUUGCAAUCCAAAUCGGAGCAUGAGCAUUCAUCAACCCACCUUUAUUUACUUACUACGAGUACACUACAACACCAUGCUAAGAUCAACCAAUUUAGUCUCCGUCUCGGAUCUGUAGCCCCAAACUUCAAGGCAGAGACUACCACCGGCCCAAUCGACUUCCAUGAAUUUAUUGGCGACAAAUGGGUGGUUCUCUUCUCCCACCCUGAAGAUUACACUCCAGUCUGCACUACUGAGCUCGGCGCUUUUGCCAGACUCGAGCCAGAGUUCACCAAGCGUGGAGUCAAGCUGAUCGGUCUCUCUGCCAACACCGUUGAGUCUCACGGAGGAUGGAUCAAGGACAUUGAUGAGAUUUCCGGCAGCAAGCUCUCCUUCCCGAUUAUCGGAGACAAGGACCGAAAGAUCGCAUACGCAUAUGACAUGUGCGUACCAAUUUUCCUGCCUAUCCUAUUCAAACCCCGAAGAAAAUGUAACUAACAAGGAGAAAAAAGGCUUGACCACCAAGAUACCACAAAUGUCGAUGCCAAGGGAAUUGCUUUCACCAUCCGCUCCGUCUUUAUCAUCGACCCAAAGAAGACCAUCCGACUCAUUCUCUCCUACCCAGCCUCCACUGGCCGUAACACCGCCGAGGUCCUCCGGGUAGUCGACUCCCUCCAAACCGGUGACAAGCACAAGAUCACCACUCCCAUUAACUGGAUCCCAGGAGAGGACGUUAUCGUCCACCCUGCUGUCAAGAACGAGGAGGCCAAGACUUUGUUCCCUGAGUUCCGUAUUGUUAAGCCAUAUCUUCGAUUUACUCCUUUGCCUAAGGAGAAGACUUCUGCUGCUGUUUAAGGAGUCUAUUCCUGGGGUGUUUGUGGGUAUUUUGAGAAGUUAAAUUGGUACAUCGGAGGGUUGACUCCCUUUUUGGGUCUUUUUCAUUGCGAAUAAGCGGCAUGAAAUAUGGGGCUUGGUGCGGGACAUGUCUUUCAUUGGGUAGGGAUUUUGAUGGGUUGAGAAUUUGCCCUUCGCAAUGUAAAAAAUAAAAAAAGACUUUAUGAACAAUAAUACCCUCCGUGCCCCUUUCUGAUUGUGAUGUCUGAUGCCUUUCUUUUCUUGUCUUCCAAAUGAGUUUACGUUACCCCAAAGAGCUCGAAUUCAUUAUAAAGUGUUGAACAGGAAUGGUGAAUGGUAGAAUGUCAGGGAAUCUAGAAUAACAGAAUCAGAAUUGUA